ACUCCAGCAUCAGGAUAACCACAUUAAACUACAAUGCAAGCACAUGAAUUGUUUAGACAUCUACGAAUGCCAGAACUUGGUGACGUCAGACAGUAUGUGCGCACCCUUCCAACAAAUACGCUGAUGGGUUUCGGUGCCUUUGCAGCUCUCACUACCUACUGGUAUGCAACAAGACCUAAAGCACUAAAACCACCAUGUGAUUUAGCAAUGCAGUCUGUGGAAGUAGAGGGUGAUGAGCAUGCUCGAAGGUCCUCUCUCCUUAACAGUGAUGAACUGUUGGUUUACUACUAUGAUGAUGUGAGAACAGUUUAUGAUAUCUUCCAAAGGGGUGUGCAUGUAUCAAAUAAUGGUCCCUGUCUGGGCUUUAGAAAGCCAAACCAGCCAUAUGAGUGGAUCUCCUAUAAAGAGGCUUUAGACAGAGCAGAGUGUGUGGGUUCAGCAUUACUUCACCGAGGCUUCAAACCGUCUCAAGUUCAGUAUAUAGGAAUCUUUGCACAGAACAGACCAGAGUGGGUUAUCAUCGAACAGGGAUGCUAUGCAUUCUCCAUGGUGGUGGUACCGCUCUAUGACACACUGGGAACUGAAGCAAUUACUUAUAUUGUGAACAAAGCUGACUUGUCGUUGGUUUUCUGUGACAAGCCUGACAAGGCCAAGCUUCUGCUAACCAGCGUGGAAAAGGGGGAAACUCCAGUCCUCAACACCAUUGUUAUUAUGGAGCCUUUUGGCAUGGAUCUUGUGGAACGUGGCAAAAAGUGUGGGGUGGAGGUCUUCAGCAUGAGAGAAAUAGAAGAGCUGGGAAGAGCACACCGGCAAAAACCUAUGCCUCCAAAGCCAGAAGAUCUAGCAGUCAUCUGUUUCACCAGUGGAACAACAGGAAACCCCAAAGGAGCUAUGAUCACUCAUCAAAACAUAGUCAGCAAUGCUUCAGCUUUUGUGAAAGCUACGGAGAGUGCAUGUCUCUUGAAUCCUAGUGAUACACACUAUUCCUUUUUGCCUCUUGCGCACAUGUUUGAAAGGUUGGUUGAGUGUGUGAUUCUGUGCCAUGGAGCUCGGAUAGGAUUCUUUCAAGGGGAUAUCAGACUACUUAUGGAUGACCUAAAAACGUUGCAGCCAACUGUAUUUCCUGUAGUGCCAAGACUGUUGAACAGAAUGUUUGACAAGAUUUUUGGACAGGCAAAUACAUCACUGAAGAGGUGGCUGCUGGAUUUUGCUUCAAAGAGGAAAGAAGCAGAACUCAGAAGUGGUAUAAUCAGAAAUAACAGUUUCUGGGAUAAAUUCAUCUUCAGCAGAAUACAGGCAAGUUUGGGAGGAAAAGUAAGGCUGAUGAUCACAGGAGCAGCACCUGUAUCUGCAAGUGUACUGACCUUCCUAAGAACAGCUCUUGGCUGUCAGUUCUAUGAAGGUUAUGGACAGACUGAAUGCACAGCUGGAUGCUCGCUAUCACUGCCUGGUGACUGGACAGCAGGUCAUGUUGGGGCACCGAUGCCAUGCAAUAUCAUAAAGCUUGUUGAUGUAGAAGAAAUGAAUUACUUGGCUGUCAAAGGAGAGGGUGAGGUGUGCGUGAAAGGGCCAAAUGUAUUUCGUGGUUAUUUGAAAGAUCCAGAAAAAACAGCAGAAGCUCUAGACAAAGACGGCUGGCUCCAUACAGGAGAUAUUGGGAAAUGGUUACCUAAUGGUACGCUGAAGAUCAUUGACCGGAAAAAACACAUAUUUAAAUUAGCCCAGGGAGAGUACAUAGCACCUGAGAAAAUAGAAAAUGUGUAUCUGAGAAGUGAACCACUUGCUCAGGUGUUCGUCCAUGGAGAGAGCCUGCAGGCUUUCUUAAUAGCUAUUGUGGUACCUGAUCCAGAGACUUUGCAUGAUUGGGCCAAGAAAAGGGGAUUUGAUGGCUCACAUGAAGAGCUAUGCAAAAACAAGGACCUCAAAAAAAUCAUUCUGGAAGACAUGGUGAGGAUUGGGAAAGAAUCUGGUUUGAAGUCAUUUGAACAGGUCAAAGACAUUGCCAUGCAUGCAGAAAUGUUUUCUGUUGAAAAUGGCCUGCUGACACCAACACUGAAGGCAAAGAGACCAGAACUACGAAAAUAUUUCAAGUCACAGAUAGAUGAACUCUAUGCUAAUACCAAAAUGUAACUGCGAAUGGAUUGAGGAAAGUGGCACACAUCUGAAGUCUACCGUUGACCUUCAUAUCUGUAAUUUGACUACAGCAAACAACAGGAAGGAAACUGUGCAAUCAUUAACUUGUACAAAAAUGGGUACUUGCCAUAGGAACGCUGAAGAAAUGGAACACUGCCUUACUGUCAAGUCGUGUUGCAUAUUGUUUUUAUGGUGACCUACAAUUUCCAAAAAGAGCCUUAACUAUAAAUGGUAACUAUGUGUAAGUUAUUUAAGAUUUACUUGGCCAAAAAUGGGACUUCCUUAACCAAGGAGCUAAGGUUUUUCUUAUUGCCAGCAUGUUUGCUGUCUGCAGUAUCUUGCAGUUGUCAGCCCUGAAAGGAUUUGGCAGGUUUGAAAAUGCCUCUAGGUAUCUUGCAUCCUGGGAAGGAUUAGUUAAUCUGUAAAAACACAGUUGUAUAGCUGGUAUUGCAUCUUGCCCCAGUUAGUAUUAGGGCUAAUGCAAGUGACUUUCUCUCUUCUAUGUCCCUUCUCAGCCAGUUCUGAGGCUUACUUUUGUAAGGUAGAACUCAGAACUUCACUUCAAAGGAGACUCAUUCAUGUAAGCUCUCCGGACUUGGUCUGCACUUGGUUCUCCUGCACUAGGAGUGCAGAUGCAGUUAUGUAAGCAAUGCAGCCUUUGCUACAUUAACACAGUUACAGGGCUGGCAUCCCUCUGGAACUGAGUAGAUCCUAACUCUGGCAAGAAAACUAGAGAUCUAAAAAUAAAACUAUUCAAGAGGCAGGGCUUUGCUAACAGUCAGGUAAACAUGCACCUGUUCUAGCCACUUGUUGCCCUGUGAUGAACAUGCAUUUUAAAUUGUGUUAUUUUAAAUGUGCCAGGUCCUCUCUAAGCAGAAUAGCUUCUGAUGUAACCUGAGGUUUUCUGUGCUUAAUGAGCCACUGAGUAUUCUUCACUAAACUAGGUCAGGUAGAAUGUUUCUGCCUGAUGCUCUGCAGCAAUUGGAAGUAUUCAAAUAUGCCAACAGAACUGUGUGUUGGCACAGGGUAGCUAUUUGUUCAGGGAUAAAAACCUAAUUCCCAGAUAAAAUACAAAAUGACUAGUCUACCUUUUGUUUGAGAAUCAGCAGAAAUAAGCCUUAUUACAGCAUAAGUCUAUCUUUAACAGAGUUGGUUUUGCAUUAGCGUUCAUUGCUGUUUUUUGAAAACAUGGGUAUAUGUAAAAUACAAGCACAACAAGGUUUGCACUAAGAUUUGUGUGUGAUUGUAAUGCACUACUCUGUAGCGUAAUUUCAUACAUGUGUGCACUUGAGGUACACAAAUCCAAGUCAACUGUUAGAGCGGUAGUUUUACAUUGGAAUUAAUGUUUGCUUAGUGUUGGCUAUUUCUAUGUUUUAUAAAACCAAAACAAUUUUCAAAACCAAUGAAGGAAACCAAAAUAAAUAAAUAUUUCUGCAUUUCAA